CAUACUUAAGGGCAUCCCAACUUAGGCGUUGACGUGGAACCCGACUUCCCUCACGCUGACAUAAAACAAUAUACCAAUUCGCCUCAACCAGCCUCAUUUAGAAGCAUCCCGCGAGUUCAAACCCGUCAGUCACCAUGCCUUCCAUGCACGAUCGUAUCCGCGAGGACCUCCUCAUCAAAGAGCGCGCUCUGUGGACGGCCUUGACCUCAGCAGACCCCGGGCCGGCCAUCGAGAAACUCUCCCACCAAGAAGUCAACAUGAUCUUCCCUCAAACCCCUAUCUUAACUCUGGAGGGCGAGAACACGAUUCACGAUGCCGUCAAGCCACCCUUCCACCGCUUCGAUACCUACUCACUGGACGAAGUGCGGAUCAUCAUCAUCGAUCUUAUGGCGGGUACGGUUACGUACAGGGUCACAGCUACCCGAGGAAACAAGACGUACCGUGCGAAUGGCUCGACAACAUGGCAGCAGGCUUCGGAUGGAGAAUGGCGGAUUAUUUGUCACCAGGAGACAUUGGUGUAAUUUCUCAGCGUGAAGGGGUUUCGGGGCAGUUCUCCCUUUCUUUAUAUCUUUGACGAGGUCAUGCUUCAUGUUAUUAUAAUUGCUUGAUACCGACGAUGUGAGCGAUAUAUGUUACUUUCGUGGUGAUGGCUGGAUGAGCUACGAAUACAGAUUUCUAUAGCCGAUCAUUAUUAGCUACUGGCGUAAGUCUUUCAGAAGGUGAGAGAAAGACGGGACUACCUAGCUAGGAAAUUGUAUACAGGUAACUCCAACCAGGUUCAAUUUGCAGGAACCUAGCAGUAGAGGCG